UCCAGUAGUUAGUUAUCAUUUCUGUUGUGUUUAAUUCUAUUCCACUGUGUUCUUUCUGUCUUUGGUACUGUGGAAAAAGCGGCAAACCUUUGCAUAAAUAGGUGUAGUUUUUCCGUCUGCUGGAAAGAGCUCGAAUAUGUGUGUGAGCUUCACAGCGAUACGAAGACAAAGCAAAAAAAGAGAGCAACAACUAGUGUGGCAGGACGUGUGCUUACGAUGAACAUGGAUACUUGUAAUACUGAUAUCAAUAGCCAUGGAGAUGAGGAUAAAAUGUCUGUGGAUGCAGGAUGUGAUCUUCACGAGACCUUUGAAACUGAGAAAAACAGUGAGACACAAAUAAAUGAUAAUGAAAAGCUGUGUGAAUCAACAAGAAAACGUAAGGAGCAAAAUGAUGAUCAUGUGGACCAGACGCUGCCCUCUUUGUCAGACUGUGACAAGGACACAAAGGGCAUCACUUGUAGAGAAACUCCUGAUAUUAAUGAUGCAAGCAUUAAAACGGAGCCAGGCAGUGGAGAAAAGGUAUUGGAAUCAAAUUCACCAGAUGCCAAGCUGGCCAAGAUGACUUGCGUGUCUACAGAGAUGUCAGGGACAAACGUCAAUGUUUCCGAAAAUGACACACCUAGCACAGAUGUGGAGAUGAGGCCAGAGAGUCCAGCAUGCAAAGAGUCCCAGCCCAGCAACUCUUCUGUCUGCCCCAAGUUGGAAGAGCCUGGUUCGAAUAAUGGCCCAGUGGUGGAGCCUGCACCCCCAGCCCCUGUUCCAGAAGCUGUAGACAACAUCAAAAACGAAUCUGAAGAGACACCAAUGGAAACAGAUGACACAGAGGGGCAAAACUCUGGUGCUGAAGCUUUAGUUCCCGAAAAUGUUGUUCAGGAUGAAAGUAAACCGAUACAGAUGCCGUCUCCAGAAAGAGAGCAAGUGUCAGCAGAGCAGGAAGAACAGCAAUGGCUCGGGACCCCGAUAGAGGAGCUUAAACGAAUGCCUCAGUGUGGACAGCCCCUGCCACACCUCAGGGCAACAGACAAUCACAAAGUACUCAUCAGGACAGACAUGCUCAGAGAACGUCGUGUCAUUGCUCCAUAUCCGAGCAACUUCAGAGAUUCCUGGGAUGAUAUGACUGUAAAGAUGCCUUGUUCAAAAAAGAACCUGUUUCCUGUGGAGGAUGUAAGUGUAGAACAAAGUCGGUGGGAGUUGAUUUGUUCAGCUUUGAAAGGAGAAUGCAAAAGUUCACUUGAUAUUAAGGAUGCAAUAUUGAGUUACAACAUAGCACUUGCUAAAAGAUGGGACUUCACAGCUUUGAACCUUCUCUGCACUGAGGAUUUGGUAAAUGACGAAGUACAGCAUCUCUUUAACAUCACAUUGCCAAAGAUGAUGGAACUGGUUUUGAAUACACCCAUGAUUUGCACCCAGCCAAUCCCGCUGCUUAAGUCGAGGAUGAAUCAGUCCUUGACCAUGUCACAGAAACAGAUUGCCUGCCUUCUUGCCAAUGCCUUCUUCUGUACAUUUCCCAGACGCAACUCGCGCAAGUCCGAGUAUGCCAACUACCCCGAGAUCAAUUUUUACAGACUGUUUGAAGGUUCCUCCUCACGCAAGACUGAGAAACUGAAAGCUCUCCUGUGCUAUUUCAGAAGAGUCACUGAAUCAAUGCCCACUGGCCUUAUCACAUUCACAAGACAAAGCCUGAGCAGUUUUCCAAAAUGGGAAAGUUCAAAGACACAGCUCACCCGUCUUCAUAUCACCUGUAAGGGCACCAUAGAGGAUGAGGGCUACGGGAUGCUUCAGGUGGACUUUGCGAACAGGAUGGUGGGUGGAGGGGUGACAGGUAUGGGGUUGGUCCAGGAGGAGAUACGCUUCAUCAUCAACCCUGAGCUCAUCGUAUCACGCCUCUUCACGGAAGCUCUGGACUACAACGAGUGUCUCAUCAUCACAGGCACAGAGCAAUACAGCAAGUACUCUGGCUAUGCAGAGAGCUUCAAAUGGGAAGACAGUUACAAAGAUGAGAUACCCAGAGACGGGUGGCAGCGGAGGUGCACCGAGAUUGUGGCCAUGGAUGCACUAAAAUACAGGAAUUGCAUGGAACAGUUUCAGUUUGAGAAAAUGACCCGGGAGCUAAACAAGGCAUAUUGCGGUUUCAUGCGACAUACUCCGAACCCUGAGAACCUCUCCGCUGUUGCCACAGGAAACUGGGGAUGCGGUGCGUUUGGAGGCGACACGCGACUCAAAGCUCUGCUGCAGUUGAUGGCGGCUUCAGAGGCGGGGAGAGAUGUGGCCUACUUCACUUUUGGAGAUGAGGUUCUCAUGAGGGACGUGCAUGCCAUGCACAAAUUUCUAAAAGACAAGUGUGUCACUGUCGGCACUCUGUACGUCUACUUAAAGCAGUACUCUAAUGAGGUGUACUCUAAGCAUCUCCAGAGGCCUAACAUCAGUCUCUAUGGGUACAUCUAUGAUAAGGUCAAUACAAAUACGGACCCGGAGCCCAGCCCCUGCCCCAGCGACAGCAACUUAACCACUACGCCUUCCCCCAGUCCUGCAGACUGCCAUUAAUGCUGGUCAACAGCCAACUCAACCUGUCCAAAAUGCCUCAGUGCUUUCUUUUCCUUUAGGAAGACUUUUUGGGUGAUUGUCUUGAGAGCACAUUAUGCCUUUCUUUUCUUUUCUACCAGUGAGUAUGUUUUGAGUCACUAUGAAUGAGGGGACGGAAAGUAUAGAUAGACUGUAAAUCCUUAUUUCUGGUGAACAUCGUUUAGGUUUGAUCCCGGGAUAGUUGCCAGACAAGCUUCCCAGGGAUCAAACUUACUGCAUGAUCUUACGGAAUUAAGUGAUUCAUCUAAGUUGGGUGACCAAGUUGUAGUCUUUUUUUUUUUUUUUAAUUUUUUGUUCUUAUUCAGAAACUAACAGUGAUUCAAAGUUAAGUGUGUAGAGAUAAUUAACAAAAUAUGCAUGCAUGAGAACCUCUAAAUACACAGUAAAGUCCCCUGUGACACUUGAUUAUCAAAUGUAUUGCACAAGACUUGUCCUUUUUUUUUUUUUUUUUUUUUUUUUUAAUUCCUCAAAUAUGAUAGGUUUGAUAAUGAAAGAUGUGAAAAGGAAAUAUUACCUGGUGAAAACAACUUGUAUAAUCAGAAGUAUAAUAGAACUGCUGCAAAUCAGACUGUGGGAAAACAUAUAUAGUCUCUGCAUGACAUUUUUAGCAAUUUAUUACACUCAAGGUUUUUACAGUUUCAUUUAUUGUUUUGAUUAAAGGCACCUUUAAGAAAUGGGGUUGUUAUGUAAAGGUAGUGAAUAUUUUCAUAUGUUUUGCUCUUUAUUUUAUUAUGAUUUGAUAAUUAAAAUUGUUGAUUCAGA